AAUUUCAAGGUUCCCGUCUUCUGAAAAAGUGCGUGAGAGAGGAGUUCCUUUGCCCCGUGAACAGCAAGAAAUCAGAUUUGGGCGCUCUCUCCAGCAGCGAAAAAACACGACAGGAAGAAACCGGCUAAUUAUUUCAUUUCUAAUUCAUAAUUAAUUGAUUGGAUAAAAUAGUUUUAAAAAAUUGUGUCAAGUUUUAAAUUCGAAUUCAAAUAAAAAAAGAAGAUUUACAAUGGACAAUGAGAAGGAUAAUAACCGAACUCGUCAGCUAGCUGAUUCUUCGGCAACUGCAUCCCCCUCAAAUCCUGAGGGUUCGACCUCAAGUACGGCCAACACUCGAGAUACGGAUGCAGAAAAUGUAGGAGAUGAUACUGAGAGUUUGGUUAGCAAAAAUGAUGACAGCACCAGCAGUAAUAAUGAGGAUGAAAACAAUAUUAUUACCCUGGAUGACGACGAUGAUGAAAAUGGUAUCAUGCAGAGCAAUGCUAGAAUCGAUCCCGUUGGUGGGAUCUUAACCGUGUCAGAUGUGCUGAUUGAACUGGACGAUAACCUUAAAUCCAAACUUGUUAUCGACCUUAUGCAGAUAUGUGAAGUUGAUGAAGAUACGGCCAAAAGUACGUUGGAAAGUUAUCGAUGGAGCAUGCAGGAUUCGAUUGACUUUCUUCUCUAUGCGAACAACUCAAUGAGUAGUAACGAAGAAGAGGGAGGUGAUAAAAUGGCCAUAGACACUGAUGACGAAAAAGAUAAACCUCAGACUUCGUCAUUUCCUAAUGAGGGUGCUUCUACCUCAGCUAUUGCAUCAUCCUCGUCAGUCUUGCAUCAAUUAUGCAGUCCUGGUGAAGAUGGGAAAAAGGAGAAACUUGUUGAACGUGAAAUCCAAGUGGUCACAACGCCAGGAGGAAGCUUCUCUAAUUGGGCCCCUGAAAAAUUUUCUGUCCUAAGCUGGAACUUGGAUGGUUUAGACGACAAGAAUUUAGAAAAACGAACUGAUUAUGUAAUUAACCUAGUGGAAAGAGAAAAGCAUGACGUUCUUUUCUUUCAAGAACUACUUCCGUACACCUUUGAUUAUAUAGCUCGUCGUCUACUCCCUCAGUACAAACCUAUUCCUGGUACAGACGACUCAUCUUGUCAAUAUUUGACAGCCACGUUCCUUAGAAAGAACUCUGUGUACUACGAGGAUCAUUAUCUGCUUCCGUUUCCAAAUUCCUUAAUGGGCCGAACUCUUCUGGUCACAAAAGCCUUCAUUGGCCGAGCAAAACUAGCAUUGCUGAACACUCAUUUGGAAAGCACUGCUGAGUAUCAAAGUCAACGGAAAGUACAAUUACAGACGUGCUUCGAAAUGGCGUCUACCUUUGAUAAAGAGUAUAAUGUAAUAUUUGGAGGGGAUCUGAAUCUCAGAGAUCGAGAGGUGGACAACACGUUACCUAGCUCUAUGGUUGACCUCUGGAUACGUUGUGGCUCUCGUCCAACGUGUCAAUAUACUUGGGAUCUAACCAGAAAUACGAAUAAACAGAUGCCUUCUAAAUUUCAGCCUCGAUGUCGUUUCGAUCGUUUCUAUUUUCGAAAUUCGGAUCCUGAAACUCUUAAUCCAGAAUUCUUUGGUGUUACCGGAAUAGAAAGAGUUCCAGGAACUCAGUCAUUUCCGUCGGACCAUUGGGCUAUCAUCACCUACCUUGGAUUGACCAAAGAAGCUCGGAAACCUCCUCCACGAAAACGACGUGCUGAAAUUGACGGUUUGCCUGAUGAUGAUUGACGUAAAAAUGUUACAUUGGGAUAGGAGUGUUUUAAAAAUAAGUUCAAAUAUGCGUGACGGGAUCUCUUGAAGUUGACCGUUUUAAUGAAACUGGUGCAGCUUAAUUUAUAAAUAUAUUGUAAUUAAUUUAAUUUAAGUAAUAUCAAGUAAUUUGUGCUGUGAUACAGUGAGGAGUUUUGUUCGACUUGAUUCGCGAAAUCUGCGUACUGAUCUUUCUUGAGAUUUAUUAUCAUUAUUGUGUUAAAGAAGUACAAAAUGCUAUAAAUCAGACUACGUUUACUGGUUCAGGUUUGCCAUUAAUUACUAGUUUUCCUUAAUACAUUGAAUUUUGUGAUACAAAUAAGCUUCGAAUUGUUCUUAAGCUCAAAUAAAGUCCAACUGAAUUAUCGAUAUGUGAGUUUAACUCGAA